AAACAAUGCUACAUCAUUAUUUUUGUCUUUAAAAAGAAAAAAAAUACAAAUGAUAGUCACGAUGGCAUUUACCUAAAUUAAAGAAUGUUUGAAACAAUUGAACUGACAGUAGAAGCACAGCUGUUUUUAAAACAAUCUUUCGACCCGCUGACUUACACUGAUCAAAGGUGGGGGUUAUAGAGUUUAUGUUGAUAUCUUUUAUGAAAAUGAAGGAAGAAAUCAAAACAGAGGAGCUGAUCUACGAAGAUGAACAGGAUAUGAUGGCUUUUGAUGAUGGCAUGCAAGAAGGCGAACUUGCAGUUCUUCCAGAAGACAUUCCUGAAACAAAAUAUCAAAUGCCAGAAGAGGAACAGGAUUCGAUGAGUAUGCUGCCACACCUUGGAGAGGUAAUAUGGCUGAAGUCGGAGCUGACAGAUGUAACAUUAGAUAAAGAACCAGAAUUAGAUGACCCUAUGAGCUUUGGCUAUUUUGAGGAACAAGGGCAGGAUAGGAGAGAAUCAUAUUUUUUGAGCGAAGGAAACAAAUUAGGAGAUUCAAAAUUUACCUGUUUCUACUGUGGCAAUGAAUCAAACUGCCUGAAGAAGCUUAGAGCUCACAUUAAAACAACCCACACCGGUCCCAAAAGGAUAUCUGAUCAAAGCAAAAUCUAUGAAGCAAUCAUAAUUUAUUCAUGCCGUUACUGUGAUUAUAGAACCAAUGACAAUUCUCUCUACUCAAACCAUUUGAGGAAACAUUUAGCUGAGAUACCAGUAACAAAGAAGUUGAUCUGUUCUAAGGAAUUAAAGAUCUGCAAUCAUCAAUUCAAGAUCAAGCAUCGCUUUCGUUGUCCAUACUGCAGCUUCAAAACCUCAGAUAAUGAGAGAAUACGGCAGCACAUGUGCUCCUGCCAUGAGAACCAGAGGCCCUACCACUACCUCAGAGAGAGGACGAGACCUCACGAAGGCAGGCAGUUUGUUUAUCAUCCAUGCCCUGAGUGCAGAUAUUGUGCUGGACGGUCUGGAACCCUGCGUAGGCACAUCAUGGCUAAGCAUACUAAUGAGAGACCAUAUCACUGUACAGAAUGCAACUAUCAAGCCACUCAGAAUGAGACCCUUAGGAGGCAUGUCUUAGCUAGGCACACCAAAGAGAAACCUCACCACUGCCCAAGGUGUACCUAUAGUGCUGUACAAUUAGGCACACUUAAAUACCAUGUCAAGAGCAAGCACAAUCUUCUAUAAUAGGCUAUAUUGAUAUGGAGUUUAACUUAUUUUAUAAAUAUAUUGGUUUAAAUAUUAAAAUUA